AUGGAGGCCGCGCCCAUCCUUCUUGAUUCGGAAAGUGAGAGUUUAGACGUAUCAAGCAUUAAAUUCGCCGUCCUCCAUGACCAGGAAUCGAUCCAAGACCAGCCAGGGUCAGAUCGCAGACUUGUCCCGCAACGACAGCUUGAAGCCAUCCGACACGCUCUCGACGGAUUGUCUCCCAUUGAACCGUCCCCCAUUGAACCGUCCCCCAUCAUAACCACCCCGGCCACAAAUACGGUACCUGAACUCGCCAGCAUCGUUCCUGAAUCCGAGUCCCUCCCAAAUGUCGAAAGUCCAUUCACGUUCCUUCGACCAGCGAUCACUCAUGAGAGGCGAGCCACACCUGUCCAGAAGAUGACCAGCCAAGGUAGCGAUGCCCCUACGCAAGAGCUGUCUCAGUCACAUUAUACUUCCUUUUUACAGAGUCGAAGUCGCAGCGCAGCCCAAUUGCUAAGGGAGCACCAUGAAGAAGACGACGAAGAGUCUCCACAAUUCUCACUUCGGGAGGGGGAUGAAGGACACAUUGAUUUAUUGUCCAGCCUGGUGUCGCCAAAGAAUGGUCCCAGUGAAUUGGACUCCGAGCCAGUCGAAUAUUCUCCUACACAGACUCAACUUGCGCUUUCCCGCUUUCCCGAAUCUCAGCGCUUCAAGACUCCCGCGACUGCAGGGAAAAAGAGAAGCUACGAUGGAGACAUUAUUGACAGUCCAGUCCUACCACGCAAUCCUCUUCUGGGAGGCGGUUCGCACCAACAGGAAAACAUCAUGGGUCUGAGUCAAGCAUUUGCAGCAACUCAAGCAGACACUUCGCCAUUCGUCAACAAUGGCAAUGGUGAUAUACCGUCUGAUCGACCUUCUCCGAAUAUUGAGCUGCGACCACGUCCUGUGACAGCUACCAGCUCGCCGAUGAGACCUAUCUCUGCCUUUAAAAGGGCAUCUACGGAACCGGCAUCACGGUACAUAUCUGUCAGGGAAGAGUUGGCUUUACGUGAACACGCGGGGCCCGAACCACAAGAAGCAUCUGACGAUGAGGAAGAUGAUGUAUUUGCUCACCUCCAAGAGCCAGAUUCUAUGACCAAAUACCGUCGACGACUGGCAAUCGAGAAGCAGGUGAAAGUGUCACUCCAGCGACUGUCUUCACCUUCGACUCGGUUGCUACGGAGGCCGUCCUUGUCAAAAUCAUCCCCUGUUCGACAGAAUCGUCGUAGCUCUCCCAUUGAACCGCUCUCCUCACGCAUAACCAGGUUCACAGAUAGAUCAAGCCCAACAAAGGCAGAUUCGCCGGAUCCACUUCAAGAAAGUGAAGAAGAAACAGACUUGGAAGACAGCCCGCAGAUAGCAGUAGCGCGCUCAAGUCAAGUCAUGGUUGCGUUGAAUGACGGCGAUGACGACAAGGAAAACUGCCUGAGCAAUGGGAGUCAAGUUCCUGAGACAGCUGCACGAUUGAUCCGUGUUGCUCAUGGGGAUCCUUCCGAAGUUGAGGACAGUCCGUCUUUGAGACACCACCGGCGGAUUAGUGCUGAAAAGCAUGCGAUGCACAGCUCGCAACCUUUUGCAAUUGCCGACUCUCAGUCUUCGCAGUCUCGACGACGAAUGCAGAAACUUAGUCAAGCACUGAAGUCUACUCCUGGCACUGGAAGUGUUGAUUUUGUUCCGCAGUCUCCCACUGCGGGAAUAGAAGUUACAGACGCUUCUGAAAAAGAAAGGACUACAGCAAACGACGUUCCCGAUGGGCUGUCGGAGGAUGUUCCCAACGCCAUGCCUGAAAAUGCUGCAUCCAAUUCUCCUGUUCAUCAAAAAGGGACAAUACCUGAGACUAGCUCGAAUGAGCCACCGACAGAGCCUUCCAGAGGGGAUGCCAGCACCAAACAAAGCGAUCCGGACACCACGAGUCGAGGAGAGUUCGAGACCGCCCAGUCGCAGGUUCCUCAGUCUAUAGAGCAUUCCAAACAGCAAGAGAACGGCGAGGACAUAGGAACCGGUGAUUCUAACGGGCAUUCGACACCUAGCUGCAAUCGUAGACGGAUGACCGAGAUCGCUGCCGAACCCUCGCCUUUGAAGUCACAACCAAGCUUCAAUGUCACGGAUGCGCUUCACCUUGAUGCAGCCUUCCAGAGUCCAUCUAAGCGACCUCCACUUAAUAAUCCUUCCGUUUCCAGAUUUACCGAGCACAUACAUGUCCCACCUGAAGAGCAGGAGAAUACCGAGCAUGUGGAAGGGCCGGAGAAUGCUUCUAACUAUGGACAUCCAGUGGAGAGAAAUAAUGAGAUGAAGCAACGUCGUAAUCAGAAUCUGCACGGCAAUAGUCUGGAUCUGGCCUCAACAACACCCCAGACCACUAUACAUUCUUCUCGACGGUUGCGUAAGCCAACUCCCAAGGCGUUGGAAAAUUCGAAACCACACACCCCACUUGCAGAUGCCCAGUCCCGACGGUCACAAUGGGAUCUCGACGCAUCUCCCCCUCAGAAGGCUCCUCUGACCAGACCAAAUUCGUCUCUGAAGCGCAAGAAGAGGGAGCAACUGUCACCUGCUGACGCACAAGAAACAUCGGCCAAAAGACGCAAAGUUCCCGAAAAGGCAACCACAGCAUCCUCGAGGCAUACGCCCAUUGCGGACGAAUGUGAAGAUAUAUCAGCACAGCAUCUUGAGAAUUUGGGUACAGCAUUGAACACCGUCGUCGAACAAGUUUCAGAAAACCCCUCGGUUCCCAAUGUGGUGUUCGCGUGCUUCAACGGCAAAACGCGUGCAUACUAUCCCGCAACAUGUCUCGGGCUUUCCGACGCUGAUCCGACCCGGUAUCGCAUUCAAUGGGAAGGAUACGAUCCAGAAGAACUGGAUCAACAUGGUGUACGGAGUCUAGACCUACGCGUGGGGGACCAGAUCAAAGUCAACCUUCAAGGCUUCCCAAAAGUACCAUACAUUAUCAAGGCCUUCAAGAAUAGGAUUUCUGCCCAUGCUCCAAAGAGCGAAGAUCAAAUCCUGACCGACAUACAAGGCUACAAGACUUUGCUUGUCUCUACGAAACAGCGGAAGAGUCUACCAGCAGAUGUAUCAACUGAAGCGCUUAAGGAAGUUCCGAUCUCCUCGAUAUAUUUGGAUAGCAACAUGUGGGGACAGAUGAAAGACCGGCUUUAUGAGCACAAGACGACUGUUCCUCGGCCGAUGGUGUCAGCAAUGUCAACCCCGGCACCAUGUAGCUCGACUCCAUGCUCGCCGCCAUCGCGCAAUCGCCGAGGCACGACUGCAGUGACCACCGCCCUAUCAUUGUCAACGUGCGUCGUGGAAGGAUUGUUCACAAAUAUGGCAUUUGCAAUAUCCUACGACGAUGACACGCGCCGUGACCAGCUUGAACGUCAGAUUCGACAACAAGGAGGUUUGGUAUUGAAGGAAUCGUUUCUCGACCUCUUGGAACUAGACUCGUUACAAAUGAAGGCUCAGCAUGCAGAUUUGUCAUUUACGGCGCUCCUCGCCGACAGACAAUCUCGCAAGGAGAAGUACAUGCAAGCUCUUGCUUUGGGCGUACCGUGCCUUAGUGGAAGGUGGAUCGAGUCUUGCGUGCACGCGGAGGAAUUGGUUACCUGGAGUACGUACCUUUUGCCAUCCGGCGAAUGUGCCGAGUUGGAGGGCGCAACGAGAUCACGAGUCUUAUCCUUUGACCCAGCAGCGAAUCUCAAGGUCCAUGAGAUGAUUGAGUCACGAGCACGUAUCCUCAAUGGCGCUCGGGUCGUUGUGGCAAUGAAAAGCGGAGGUGAAAAAGUCGAAAAGCGAAGAAGGGCGUUUGUGUUUCUGAUCCGAGCGCUUGGUGCGGGCGAGAUUGUGAGCGUGUCGGAUUUGGCGAGUGCCACAGCGGAGGUUCGUGGGACGGGGGAUUCUUCUGAUGACGAGGAUACUUUUGUGUUCGUCGACGAUCGUGACAUUGGCAGUGCAAAGACCUUGUUCGAAGAGAGUGCCGCGGUGCGCAUUUCGCGAAAGGCAGGCAAAAAGACUCGGACUUUGGGUAAAGCGAACAAGACCGGAGCCGGGUCUGACGGUGGUGGAGGAAGGGAAGGAGCUGACCCAGGGGGUGAAGGCAAAAUUCAUUCCAACGUCAAGGUCAUUUGCAACGAGGAUGUCGUGCAGAGUUUGAUCCUGGGGAGGUUGUGGAUCGGGUGACGGUUGUUGACUUAUUCAGAUUUACAUUGGUCUGUCUGUCUGUCUGUCUGUCUGGGGUUGGAUUCAACUGGAUAGGUGAGAUGUUGGAAGAUACCGAG